AAUCUACGCCGUUAGUCACCGUAGACUGUUUGAUGUAAACAUAACCUAGUCACAGUUUAAACGAAAUGGAUGAAUUCGUGAAAUUAUCUUGGCGGAAAGAAGUGACCGACGAGGAUUUGGACGACCGAUUUUUGAGCGAAGAGGCCGUCUCUGAGUCCUACGUUUACAAGAGUUUUAUCAAACCAAUUAAAUCUAAACCAAAACGAAACGUUAAGCUACAUGUAGCUAAAGAAAAAUACGUUCCUUGUUUAAAGUAUCACCGCUUAAUUCGACGCAGAUCGCUCUUAACAAAAUCCCAAAAGUCUUACUGUUUGGAGGCUCUAAAAUUAUUCCAAAGUGGCAAACGAUCUGAUUUACUAACUGAAAGAGAUAAGCACUGUCUCAAGAUUUAUAGCGAAUGCCAAUCAAAGGUUGUUGAAGAAAAUCAAUUGUUUCAAGAAUACGCCAAAAAUAUGUGGCUUAAAUAUAAGGAUAAGCCUCUGAGGACCAAACCAGGCAUUUACAGUUUUGCUUGGCCAAAAUGGAAACAGAAAAUUAGCAGAUAUUUGGAAUAUCCUCAAUUUUAUAAAGAAUUUGCUACAGUUUGUUUGAACUACGACGAGGAUGAGGCUACCGUUGAUUUUCAACAUUUGGUCCAACCUUUAGAAACGGGCACACUCGCACGUUUUGCACAGCCAAAUCUCAAGGAGCAGUGCUGUUUAAAGUUAAACACAUUGCAAAAAGUGGCCAAAGAAGUUUUACUAAACUCAAAAUUGCCAGUCAGUCAAGACGAUAACAUACCAAAACUGCUCAAAAAUCAUAAAUUUGAUGCUGUGAUUUCAUCCAGUGGUCUCAAACAAAUCAUUGAUUACACUAAUAUUAAAACUAAGUGGAUUGUACCAGUUGUGAUUAAAGAAAUUGAAGAUGAGGAUGGUAAACUUCGUAAAAUUGUUUUUAUUGAUAAGGUCCUUCCAAAAGUUGAUCCAAGUCCACACGAUUUGAACUGUUACGCUUAUAAACGGCUUUUAAAACUUAACUUUUGCGAAUAUGAGGCGUUCAGAUAUCCGGUAGAGGAAACACCAAUUGAGACUGAUGAAUCAGACGAACAAAAUGCUGAACAAGAUUGCCACAAAACAGACACAAAAGAAAAGAAAAAAGUCAUUCAUCAUAAUGCUAAUUACCGAAUUUGGAAUAUAAAAAAGACCACGAAUCACAAUACACUAAUGAAAAACCAGACCAAAGAUAGUGAAAUUAAUCUUUUGGUUAGGUGUAAAUUGGAUGGGUGUGAAGAAACGGAACAAAGUGUUUUAUAUCCAGUCAUUGUUAGACCUAAAAUAGAACAGCAGAUGCAAUAUGGGGUUAAUAUAGCCUCACAGAGUGAAAUAGCUCGUGAUUGGACUUCGCUUUUCUUUCGUCUUUAUUCGUUUCUUUACAGAGCACGCAUUUAUAGCCCCAUGAACGAAGUUAUCUCGGUUGAGAAGUGUUCAAUACAAAAGAUCAACAUCGAGGCCCAAACUCAUUACGAUUAUAAACCUAUUCUAGGUUUAGGUGUUUUAGAAAAAGUUUUAAGUCACUUGGUGGGUCUCGAUUGUGGGACUUAUCUUCUCCAGCAUUUACCCAAACAUGAAUCAUUUCUUUCCAUCAUGAAACAAUGUGACGACUGUACUGAAAAUGUAUACGAUUUGCAUAAAGAGUGUGAGAAUACUGAAGUAAAUACAGAAGGACGACUAAAUUGGUUACCUAUUGACGUUAAUUAUAUUUUGCCGGUGCACGAAGAGUAUAAACAAAUUCCAGCGGUAUUUUAUGGUUUUGAUAAUAUAAAAGAGACAAGUGAGGCGAUGGUGCUAAAAAUGAAAGGAAAGAAACGGAAGAAAAAGCCUAGAAAAAAACAAACUUGAAAUUAUUACUAUAAAUAACA